AUGGUCAUGGUUCAUCUUAACGAUAAUAGGUUGCCAAAGGGAAGCCAUAGGAAGUUGUUGAUGAGAAAGAUUGGGCCUUGUAAAACUUUAGAGAAAUAUGGUCCUAAUGCUUAUAAAAUUGAACUCCCUGAUGAUAUUGCUAUUUCACCCAUAUUCAAUGUUUCUGAUCUAGCAUUGUACAGGAGUCCUACUGUAGGAGAAAGUGAAGGUGAAACUAUUCUGGAAGAUGAAGAAUGGAUGAAACACCUCCCAUCUAAGGAUUUGCCUAAGAUGGAGUGCAUUUUGGAUAGCAGGGAAGCUAAGAAGCUAAGACACAAGACCUAUUUUGAACACUUGGUUAAAUGGAAAGGACUUCAUGACUCAGAAGAUACAUGGAUGUUGGAGGAAGACAUCAAAAAGUAG